GGUGAGCACUGUAUAUUAAUAAAUAGUGAAGUGAUGGGUCAGUAUACCAGUGAUACUAAAACAUCUAACCGUACUUUUAAUGUAACCAAAUAUGUGUUAAUAUUGUUUAUUGUAUUGAACAUUGGAUCGUCAAUAUGGGUCGGUAUAUAUAAUAAGAUGCGCGUCGAUCAUAUGAGACGUGAAUUUCCUGAUGACCGGUGGACAGGUGACUAUGGGAAGGGUCACAGCGCCCAACUAUGGGAGAAGCUGUGCAUCACAUUUCUAGUGUUUGAAAACAUAUUCAAUGUUAUGGGUAUUGUAGGCACACUUCAGGAAAACUAUUGUCUGUCAAUAAUGUUCAGUGGUGUCAUGUUUUUGAGUGCUCUGUACGGCUCCGCAGGAAAGUUCAUACGCGGAAGUGUCUGUUCAUAUUUGAUGCCACUCCUGGUUGGUAUCAUAGCUGCCGUUUACGCCCAUCAGAUACGUAUGCAAAACUAUCGUUUAAACAAUCGGCUAACGUCUACCCGAACUACCGAACCCAAGUCGCCAACAUUGUUACCUCAAGUCAAUCCCGAGGCGAUCUAUUCGGUUCCCAAUAAAUCGGCUAAACAGCCGAAGCCGUCGUCGCGCACGUCGUCCUCGCGAACACCGCCGCCGCCCACUAAACCAAAACCGUCGCCGCCGUCCAACCCAUUGAUCAGCAAUAAUAAUAACCGUUCGUUUGAACGAAAAUAUUCACAACACUCGGGAAAUGGCGAGGAAAGGAUAUAUAUGAAUGGAUCGGUCAUUAAUAAUCAUAACACCCGAGUCUAUGUCCCCACAACUGAAGUUUAACAUACCAUACCURGAAGUCUACAUUUGUAAURUGUUUAACCUCACUAAUCAAUCGUCAAUUUCAUAAUGCAUUUACAUUUUUUAAUUAAAUUAUUUAAUUUUCUUUGAA